AUGUCGACCUACGAAAUCGAACACAAUACCACAGACCCCUCAACGGCCCCAAACGCCCGCCGCCGCCGCCCCGACCUCUCCACCUUCUUUUCAACCCUGUCCCAGAUCACCCCAGCUCCCGACCACAGACCCCAUGCAGUCCCCGUCCCAGGAGAUGUGAGCGCAGCAUUCUUCUCUCUCGCAGAGGCGCUGGAUAUGAUGCGCCGUGAGGCCGACUCAGCGCCACAAGCCGACGCGCAGGAGGGCACCGAUACCGGUCGCGACCUGCUGACCACGAUGAUCCAGUCGCUGCUCGCGCAGGCAGAGACACCUCCGCGGGAGGUGGAGGGUGUGAAUGAGGAAUUCUGCGAUAUGCUCGAACGCGUCCCAAAAGCAUCUCUAAAACCCUCUGAUAUGUGUCCUAUCUGCAACAACCCAUUCGUGGAAGACCCAUACCCGCUCGUUGUCCAAUUGCCCUGUCACCCGACACACCGCUUCGAUUUGGAGUGUGUGCGGCCCUGGUUGCGGCUACGUGGGACGUGUCCGCUUGACCGUGUGGACUUUGCGAAGCAGCUGAGAGAAAAGGCGGAGGCGAAGAAGAAGCUUGUUGAGGAAGAUGAGGAGGAGGAAUGGGAUGGCAUGUAUGGUUGA